ACGAACGACCAGUGGUUAAUGUUUUAACAAAUUUUAAUUUCAAUUUAGUAAUAAUAUUGAACUUGUAAGACUGAAAGUGAUCAACAAAUAAGUAAAAAAUAAAACCGAAACUAAAUAUAUUUAGUUAAUUAAAGAAAGUGAAAAUGUCAAAAGGACAUACAUACGUGCAAUGGAUGAUAGCUUUGAUUGCGGAAUCAACAGUCCUGACAUAUGGUCUCAUAGCAGGCUGGAUUUCACCAAUGAAAAGUAUACUCCAAUCAGAUUCUUCUCCGGCCGGCAGACCGCUUACAAGCAUGGAAAUGACUUGGGUCGCUAGCAUUCUGCCUUUGGCAGCAAUAUCAGGAGUUCCCCUAUUUGUUUACAUAUCUGACAAUUGCGGGAGAAAAAUAGGGGUGUUUAUUAUGGCAGUUAUGGAAGCGGGUUGCUGGGUGAUAAAACUAUCAACUGCAAAUGUGCCAUGUCUCAUCAUAGCAAGAAUUCUUGCUGGAAUAGCGGCCGGUGGUAGCUACCAGCUUAUACCAGUUUACGUCAAAGAAAUAAGCCAAGACAAUAUAAGAGGAAUGCUUGUCUCUAUGAAUACUCUGAUGCAAAACAUUGGAAUUUUCGUGAUGUACGCUAUGGGAGCAUAUUUGGAUUACUAUACAGUUUUGUGGGUUGGUUUGGUGGUGUCACUGGUGUCCGUGGUGGCGUCGAUAACAGCUCCUGAGAGUCCCCCGUAUCUGGUCAAGUUGGGUAAAUAUGAGGAAGCGGAAAAAACUUUGGCGUUCUUGAGGGGAUUAGAUGUGAACGAUAAAGUGGUACAAAAUGAAAUGGACUAUAUGAAGGAAAAGGAUAGUGAAGUAAAGGAACAACCCGAUGUGACAUUAGUUACUAUUUUCAAACAAAAGUAUUCGCGCACUGGGCUUCUAAUCAUUAUGAUUAUUAUCAGCACUCAAGCCAUGAAUGGUACUUACUCGAUAUUCACAUAUGCAUCAACUAUAAUGAAAGCGUCAGGAGUCACCUUGAGCCCUGAGUUACAAACGCUGAGUAUACCAAUCGUGAUGAUUGUGGGGUCUUUUGUGUCUAUCAGCUGUGUGGAGAAGAUCGGGCGAAAAAUCAUAUUAGCUACAGGAUUUGCUCUGGCUGCAAUAGGACUGAUUGGUAUCGGAACAGUGCUAACAGUACAGUAUCAAGGUGGAAGCAUGCCAGGAUGGAUGCCAAUCUCUUCCAUAAUUCUUACCGUGUGGUGCUACUCGGCAGGAGUACUGCCAAUGCCAUACGUCAUCAUGUCAGAAAUGUUCAAUUUCCAUAUCCGAGCGAGGGUUUCCGGCUGUAUUUGCUGCUACGCUUGGUUCAUCACCUUCCUCCAACUCUUCAUCUUCACACCGGUUUCCAACCUCAUUGGUAUGCAUAACAUGAUGUUUUGCUUCUCUGGGGUCAACCUCAUCGGUGUAUUGAUAGCCUUACUCAUAGUGCCAGAGACGAAAGGAAAGAGUGUUGACGAAAUUGAAAAGAUUUUGGCCAAUAAAUAGUAGUUAAUGUUUUGGAUCAAGUCUAUAUAUUUGUAACACUUUUAUUAGAUCGA